UUCGUCGCACUAAGAACAUGUUCCCGCGCAAAUUGAGCGUCGAUGACGCGUUUUGCCGCUUAAAUAGUUUCACACGCUUCCGAGAUUUAUGUGGAAGCGGCAUUUCGACUUAUCCAUCCCAUCGGCUGUCAAGUUUCUUUGGAUUUUACGUGCGUUUUUUUUCGUUUUUUUCCUCCCGUCCAUAUAUCACUUUGAAUUUAAAUUGUGUGAACAAUGUCUGGCCGAGGCAAAGGUGGCGUUGGCAAAUCCAAGGGUAAAUCAAAGACGCGCAGCAAUAAAGCGGGUCUUCAGUUCCCCGUUGGAAGAAUUCAUCGACUUCUUCGUAAAGGAAAUUACGCCGAACGCAUUGGGAGCGGUGCUCCUGUUUACCUUGCUGCCGUUUUAGAAUACUUGGCUGCUGAAGUUCUUGAGUUGGCAGGAAAUGCUGCUCGUGACAACAAAAAAACGAGAAUUAUUCCCCGUCACCUGCAGCUUGCUAUACGCAAUGAUGAAGAGUUGAAUAAACUGUUGUCCGGUGUAACUAUAGCACAAGGCGGUGUUUUACCAAAUAUUCAGGCUGUUCUAUUACCAAAAAAGACUGGAACUACGACAGGAUCAUCUAAGAGUGAUAAAGCUUCUCAAGAAUAUUGAAACAAAUUGUCUUUAUGUGCGCUUAUUCAAUCGAUCAAUAAUCAUGAUCAAUCAUUGUUGUACUAGCCUUCAAUUGAGUGCAACUAUUGAAUUUCUCUAUUUUAAAGAAGUACAAAUGUAUCCUGCAUUUUUUUCAAUUGUAGAUUAUUAAAAUUUUAAUGGUGACGCAAAGAA